AGCGCUCUCUCUUUAACAGGCACGUGACGCGUUUGCGCAUGCGUGCCUUCUGAAGCUCGCAUGGCGACUAUUUACACCAAUUCCUAUUAAGCGCUGCAUGAGAAAAAGGGUGAAAUUUAAACACCUCAGCGACUCUCGCUAUUUUUUCGUCACAAAACUGUUGUCUUUUUUUCCCCCCGACCGACGCAGGAAGCCCGAUGUCUGUGGCAAACGCGAAGCUUAGCGUCCUGAAGCCGGUGAUCCCAUAUACUGGAUCCAUACCUGGAGGCCUGCACCUUGGAGAGAUCAUCAUCAUCCAGGGCACGGUACCCGCAAAUGCUGACAGGUUUCAGAUCGACCUUUCCUGCGGCGGUAGUACCAGGCCGCUAUCUGACGUGGCCUUGCGCUUCAGCCCUUGCUUCAAGGGCUCACCCUGCGUGCGAUGCAACUCCCUGUUGCAGGAGAGCUGGGGCCAAGAGGAGACGCUGCAGCAGUUGCCCUAUAAACGCGGGGCCCCGUUCGAGACCAUCAUCCUGGUGCACCACGAUGCCUUUAAGGUGGCAGUAAACGGAACACACCUCCUGGAAUACAAACACAGAGUCCCACUAAACAGGAUCAACACAUUUUCCGUGUCUGGGAAGGUCCAAGUGCAGGCCAUUGGCUACAUCCCGAACUCUGCAAUAUACUCGGAAUCUGGUGACCUGAGCCUCCCUUACCAAGGCAGCAUCCUAAAAGGCCUCAGCCCCGGGCAGCACAUCACCAUUAAAGGACAGAUCAGCAUGUAUCCUCACAGCGUCACAGUGAACCUCUGCAACAGCAGGACGGACAGCAUCGCUCUUCACCUGAACCCUCGCAUGAAGUCCAGCACGUUCUUAAGGAACUCGUACCUGAAUGAAUCCUGGGGACAGGAGGAGCGCGAGUUAGUCUUUUUUCCUUUUUCUCCUGGAGAGUAUUUUGAGAUUCUGCUCCUCUGCCAGGCACAUCAGUUCAAGGUGGCGGUGAACGGCUUGCACCUGUUUGAGUUCAAACAUCGGGUCCAGGACCUGAGUGCCAUCGACCGGCUGGAGAUAAUGGGAGACCUGGAGCUCAUGGACGUCAAACUGUGGUGA